CGAACCAGAGGACAACAGAGCUUCAUUUCAAAAUUUAGCCUUCAAAAAACCCAACAGUUCAAGACAAGAAGAACUCAGCAGAAAUCUCCUACACUCCCACCUCAAGAAAAAUGGCUGAAGACACCGGAGCAGACGCGAGAACAACAUCGCCUAAACCUUUGUUUUCCUUCUUUCCCAAGAUCGAUUUCAAAACUUUGCCGUUCUUUAACCUACUUCCAAACCCGGAUGCUAAGUUGAAAGAGGAGAAGCAGCCAAAAGCUCCAAUAGCAGGCGAUGGCGAGGGCGAGAGUGGGAAGACCAGUGUCGGGAGGGUGUCUUUCCCGAAUGUUGCCCCGAAAGUUCCGGAACCAUUGGGGUUGGAGGCCGAGGAGAGCGCGGGAAGGACUUCUAAUCCUGUAGUUCUCUGGCAGGUUUAUGCUCUUGGUGGGUUCCUUAUCCUAAGGUGGGUAUGGGCUAGAUGGACAGAGAGAAAUGAGAGGGAUGCCAAAAAGGAGUCACCUGAUGAUGACGACCAAACUCCAGCAGAUGACGAAGAUUCUUAUGCUACAUGAAUAUCCUUUAGUUGGUUUGUACAAAGGAUAUAUAAAAAAAAAAUUCUGUUCAGACUACUUCUUACUGUGUGAAUGUGAAGUUUAGUUGCUUUAGGGUUGUGAAACUUCUUCUCUUUUUGUUAGAACUCAGCAACCAUGAAGUUUGAGCUUUAUAAUUAUUUUCCCCCCAUCCUGUGUUUCUUCUUUGCUUAUCAACAUAGAUAAUGCUAAAUUACUAAAUA